ACUACAAAGAUGUGGAUAAUCUGGAGCCUUCCUGCUGCAUUAGUGCUUCUUACUAGCUGCAUAUCGGCACUUCCUCAGGUGACUGAUAAUUUUGAUGGCUCAGAUGUGAACAUACUUGAGAAUGCGGUUAGUCAAACUGACCCUAGAUCAAAGUCAUUCGAGUCUGAUCUACCUCAGGUGUCUAAAAAUUUUAAUGGUUCUGAUAUUGUGAGCUUACUUGAGGAAAUAAUGAGUCCAAAAGACUCGUACGAUGAUAGGUCAAAGGCUUUCAAGAGUGAUCUACCACAAAACUUUGUAGCUGAGUUGAAUAAUUUGCGAAGGAAUAUUACAGCUGCAUUAUCGGCAAUAAAUCAGCAAGGUGAGAUAUUGAAGGGCUUAAUCGAUGGCAUGUUGAAACAAAUUGAACCAGCUGAAACCAUAACCCCGUCAACUACCACGUCAAAACCGGAAACAAACAUCGUCACGAAGUCCUGCGGUAUUGACAAAGUUUGCGUUAAGAAAGGACAGUGUGAAUCGGAUGACAAAGACAUAAAUGGGAAUUACAAAAUUCAAUUCCGAUCAGCUCAAAACGAUAAUCCUUGUCAUUAUCUGGAAACCUGCUGCCAUAUAGACGACAGGAUCGAAGAGUCCACUAGCCCCGAUGGCGACGAUGAUGACGACGAAAUUCCAGAAUGUGGCCAGCAACAUAGCCGAGGCAAAGGAAUGACCUUGGCCGCAACUCCAAAUAAGGAAGCAGAAUUCGGUGAAUACCCGUGGAUGGUGGCAAUAAUGCUAGCAUCCGACGAGGAACCAGAGUAUAUCGGUGGGGGCUCAAUACUAGCUCCAAAUGUUGUCUUAACGUCGGCCCAUAAGGUCCAAAAAUGCAACCCCGAUGAGCUGGUGAUCAGAGCUGGAGAUUGGGAUCUGAAGACUAAUCUGGAAAUAUAUCCACAUGUGGAUCGCUCCGUCAAGCAAAUGAUUUUGCAUGAUCGUUUCUCCAGAGAUUCCAGGCAAUACAAUAUUGCCCUACUCGUUCUCACAAUGAGCUUCAGCUCCAAUCCACACAUCGCGCCCAUCUGCCUGCCGAGUUCCAGCGAUAGCUUCCACUACUCAGACUGCAUUGUCACGGGAUGGGGUAAAAGGAGUCAGAACAGCUCUGAUUAUCCACAUAUCCUCAAGGAAAUUACUGUGCCUUUCCUACCCCGAAAGACGUGCAAUGAUCAGCUGCGAAAACCUCUUGGCUCGAAUUUCGUCCUUGACGAGACUUCCGUUUGCGCGGGCGGAGAGAGGGGCGUUGAUAGCUGCCUAGGCGAUGGGGGAUCUCCACUCGUCUGCCCGAUAAAAGGUCAUCCCAAUCGUUACUAUCAAGUUGGCAUUGUUGCCUGGGGUCUCGGCUGCGGAAAGGAGAAUGUUCCAGCUGUAUAUACCAAUGUUCCCUAUCUGUAUCCCUGGAUUAUCCAAGAGCUCAAAAAACUAAAUGUUGAUAGCCGAUACUACACCUUAAAUAAUGUACCAAAAAUUAUCCGAUCAUUUUAAUAUGUCAUAAUAUAUCAAGUAUUGGCUUUUUUUAUUGAUUUCA